CAUCGCCUUAUUUGUUUGAUUGCUCUUCUUCUCUGGAGAGGAGAAGAUCGCUUCUCUCAUCCAUCACUCGUCUCUUCUUUCUUUGUCACUUGGAUUUGGAUUCGGCGAAGGUCGGUGAGCUGCUGAUAUGGCAACUCAUCAGCAGACCCAACCUCCCUCCGAUUUUCCUCCUUCUCCCGCCCAUGAAAACUCCUCGAUUUCAGAGGCUACGAAUGAGGUUCAGCAAGGUAGCGAAACUGCUAAGCUGGAGUCUGUGUUUAAGAACUCUGAACCGAUACGGGAGGAUCAGAUUCAGAACGCUAUCAAGUUCCUUUCCCACCCUAGAGUUAGAGGGUCGCCUGUGAUUCACAGAAGAUCGUUUCUUGAGAGGAAAGGUCUCACCAAGGAAGAGAUUGACGAAGCUUUCCGCCGUGUCCCUGACCCACCACCAAGUUCGCAGACUACAGUUACCACUCAAGAUGCAGUGUCUAAUGUUCAGCCACAAGGGCAGAUGCAAGCCAUGCAGCCUGCUCCUUCUCCCGUUGUUAUGAUUCCGCCUCCAAGUUUGCUCUCUCGAUUUCGCUGGUACCAUGCUGUUCUUGCUGUAGGAGUGUUAGCCGCUUCUGGUGCCGGAACCGCUGUUUUUGUCAAGAGAUCUCUUAUCCCCAGACUAAAAUCGUGGGUCCGCAAGAUUAUGUCGGAAGAAGAAAGCGAUCCUCUGGAGAAAGCUGAUGCAAAACCUGGCUUAGCUGAAGAGGCAGUAGCUGCAGCCAAAGCUGCUUCGGCGGCUGCUUCUGAUGUAGCCAGGGUUAGUCAGGAAAUGAUGAAAGCGAAGAGUGAAGAGAGGAAGAAUUUUGAGGAGUUGAUGCAACUCUUAGGCGUCCAAGUACAAGAAAUGAAGUCCUUGAGCAAUAAUAUCCGUUAUCUCGAAAGGAACUCCAACAACCUCCCCAAAGUUUAUUCAGCUAACCAAGAGGUCUAUAGUGGUUUGGUCAAAACUCCGGCAGAAAGGAGACCCUAUGCAAAUGGCAGCAACGUUGAUUAUGACACGCGUUCAGCACGGUCUACUUCUCCUCCUGCGCCACCAGCUGAUUCUUCUCAGCCCCCUCAUCCAAAGUCAUACAUGGAUAUAAUGUCUAUGAUCCAGAGAGGAGAGAAGCCUUCAAACAUUCGGGAGAUUAACGACAUGCCACCCAAUCCAAACCAACAGCUACCAAAUCCUCGCAUCGCUCCUAAAGCUAAGCCAUGGGUCUAUGGUCAACCGCCUCAAGACGAGAGUUCUAACGGUCCAUGGUGGCAACAGAAGAACCCUAGAUCAGCUGAUUUCGGUUAUGAGACAACAACGGCACGUUCCAUCGGUAUCCGAAACGAAACAAGUACAACGGAACCAGCAGCUAUCCAGAAGCAGCGAUCAUGGGUUCCUCCGCAACCACCUCCAGUUGUUAUGCCAGAAGCAGCCGAGGCCAUUCGCCGUCCUAAGCCACAAGCUAAGAUAGACCAAGAAGUAGUAGCUGCUGCUAGCGAUGACCAGUCAGGUGUGAGCGACGAGUUGCAGAAGGUCACUAAGUUCUCUGAAUCUGGUGGCGAUGGAUCAGGAAGAUUGGAGAUCACAGAGAUUCAAGAAGAAACAGAACAUCAACAUAUCGGACAAGAAGGGAACUAGGAAACUCAAAUACUUAAUUAUGUUUGCUUGUAAGAAACUCAUACCUACGUACCUUAAUUUAAUCAUAGUUAUAAAUCAAACCCUUGUUAAACAA